AUGCUUCCUGUCCUGCUCCUGAGCGGCCUCGCGGCCGGCGUUCGAGCUGUCAACAACGGCUUGGCGCGCACUCCGCAGAUGGGCUGGAACAAUUGGAACUCGCUGGGCUGCGACGUCUCAGAGUCUCUGUUACUCGAUACGGCCAAGAAGCUUAUCGACGCCGGCCUUCGUGACGUCGGGUAUAACUACGUUGUCCUCGAUGACUGCUGGUCCGAUGGCCGAGGCUCCGAUGGUUACAUACGUGUAGACAAGGUGAAGUUCCCCAACGGCAUGAAGUCGAUCGCGAAACACCUGCAUGACAACGGCCUGCUCUACGGCAUGUACUCCUCCGCCGGCGAGAUGACCUGCGCCCGCUACGAGGGCAGCCUGGACUGGGAGAAGCAAGACGCGGAGAGCUGGGCGAGCUGGGAUGUCGACUAUCUCAAAUACGACAACUGCUACCACCGCGGCCGCUUCGGUACCCCGGAAAUCUCCUUCAACAGAUACAACACCAUGUGGCAGGCCCUCAACGCCACCGGCCGUCCGAUACUCUACAGCCUCUGCUCGUGGGGUGAGGACUACGUUCAUACCUGGGGCAUGAGCAUCGCCAACUCGUGGCGCAUGAGCGGCGACAUUUACGACUCAUUCACUCGGCCAAACGAUCUGUGCAUCUGUACUAAUGCCGCGGACCCACAUUGCGUCGCGCCAGGCUCGCACUGCUCUGUCCUCAACAUCCUCAAUAAGGUCGCGCCGUACGCUGACCGCGGUCAGCCAGGCGGUUGGAACGAUUUGGACAUGCUCGAGGUCGGGCACGGUGGCAUGACGGACGACGAAUACGUUGCGCACUUCUCGCUCUGGGCCGCCGUCAAGUCGCCUCUGCUUAUCGGCGCAGACCUUCGCCACCUAGAUGCGAAGACGUUGACCAUCCUCAACAAUCCGGCUGUCAUCGCUGUAAACCAGGACCCGCUCGGUCGCUCCGUUACUCGUGUGAGGAGAGACACGGAUGUGCCCAAGGACAAGUACGGUGUCGGUGAGACGCAAGUCUGGAGCGGGCCGUUGUACGGUGGUGACGAGGUCGUCAUCCUUCUCAACGCAGUAGGCGAGGAUCUCGAGAUGAGUACAGACCUCAAUGAAAUCUUUUUCUCUGACGGACCGGAGGGCUCGGCGCCGCAGACAAAGGAGAAGUGGGCUGUCUACGACCUGUGGGCGAACCGGAUGGACGAUGGUACUGCGCAAAGGAUUCUAGAUGCGCCGGUCACGGAGCUGGAAAGCGUCUUUAGCAAGGCGAACGUGUACAACAGCACGCUGACGCCGUAUGUGGAGGGACUGAAGGCUGGCGAUGAGCGGCUGAUGGGCAAGAAGGUUGGAGAGCUGGCGCCGGGUGGUGAGCUCAAAGCGACUGUGCCGAAGCACUCUGUCAAGAUGUACAGGCUGAAGAGCUUGGAAAACGGCGGGAAGAGGUACAGCAUUCAUCGCGAUGAGUUGUAG